AUGAAUUUAUUAGAGCUAUUUGAAGAUACCACUACAUAUUUUAGCAGAAUAUCUUAUAUAACUUUGUUAAUUAUUUAUCCUUUGAUUCAAGUCCUCAAGUUUAAAUAUGCUGAAUAUGGUGAAGACAAUAAUAAAUAUUCAGAAAUAGAACAAGAUGUUUCAAAUUUUCAACAUAAAGAAGAUGAAAAAAUUGGAUUAAGUAAUAGUAAUGAAGAAGAUAACCUGAAACUUGAUAAUUUAGAGCAAUUAAUAUCAUAUCGCCAUCAUACUCAAUCUAAAGUAACAAUUUCAACUAUUUAG